AUGGCAGGAAAUAGUUUGCAAGAGUUUCGUGAACAACUUACCCUUGCUUACUUAUCAGAUGUAAUUGAUAUUGAAGAUUUUGUUUAUCUUUAUCAAACAAACCAAUCGCGAGAAAUUUUUCCAUAUUGGAAAUUUGACAAGUUUGAUUUUGAAAGUUGGGAUGAUACUGAAUGUCAUAAAGAGUUGCGAUUCAGGAAAAGUGAUAUCCCGAAACUACUUAACUGUCUUGGCAUUCCUGAUAAAAUAAUUUGCUGUCAGAGAACAUCUUGUAGUGGCUUGGAAGGUCUAUGCAUCCUUCUGAAAAGACUGGCCUACCCAUGUCGCUACACUGACAUGGUUAGCAGGUUUGGCCGUAACCCAACUGAAAUUUGCCUAAUCUUCAACCGAAUGCUUAGCAUUGUGUUUAAUGCACAUCAUCAUCGGCUUGAAAGCUUUGAGCAACCUUUCUUAUCUCCUGAAAACCUUGGCAGGUAUGCUGAUAGCAUACAUGCUCAUGGUGCACCGCUUCAAAACUGUUUUGGUUUCAUUGAUGGAACAGUUCGGAGAAUUACCAGACCAAACCAGAAUCAACGAACCAUGUACAAUGGUUACAAAAGGGAUCAUGCGAUGAAAUUUCAAAGUGUUGUUGUGCCUGAUGGAUUGAUUGCCAAUCUUUCUGGCCCGUAUGAAGGGAAACGGCAUGACAGCACAAUGUUAUAUCAAUCAGGGCUUUUACCAUUAUUAGAGCAGCAUGCAUUUUACAAUGGUGUGCCACUCUCUCUUUAUGGUGACCCAGCAUAUCCACUUGGUAUACAUCUGCAAGGUCCAUUCAAAGAUCGGCAACCUACCCCAGAAAUGGAAUUGUUCAACAAGGCAAUGAGCUCAGUCCGGGUGUCUGUUGAAUGGAUGUUUGGCAGCAUUUGCAAUUAUUUUGCAUUCAUUGAUAUGAAAAAACAACAAAAAAUUAACUUGAGUGCAGUUGGCAAAUUUUACACUGUUUCUGCAUUGCUUCAAAAUGCCCAUACAUGCUUAUAUGGAAACAUUGUGGCCCAUUUUUUUGAACUGUCACCUCCCACUUUGGAGCAUUAUUUCUCGUGA